AUGGCCCAGGCGGGGCCGAGCGCCGCGGCGGCCUCGGCGCUCCUCGUGUUCCUGCUCUAUUCCGCCAUCCACAGGGUCGAGGAGGGACACCUGGCCGUGUACUACAGGGGCGGUGCGUUGUUAACCAGCCCGAGCGGGCCCGGCUACCACAUCAUGCUCCCCUUCAUCACCACCUUCAAAUCCGUGCAGACCACGUUGCAGACUGAUGAAGUGAAAAAUGUGCCUUGUGGGACAAGUGGGGGUGUUAUGAUCUACAUUGACCGAAUCGAAGUUGUGAACAAGCUGGCCCCACAUGCAGUGUACGACAUCGUGAGGAACUACACCGCGGACUACGACAAGACCUUGAUCUUCAACAAAAUCCAUCACGAGCUGAAUCAGUUCUGCAGUGCCCACACCCUGCAGGAGGUGUACAUCGAGCUCUUUGAUCAGAUAGAUGAGAACUUGAAGUUGGCCCUGCAGAAAGACCUCAAUGUCAUGGCACCAGGUCUCACUAUCCAGGCUGUGCGUGUUACAAAACCCAAAAUUCCAGAGGCCAUCCGGAGAAAUUUUGAGCUGAUGGAGGCUGAGAAGACCAAGCUGCUGAUUGCAGCCCAGAGGCAGAAGGUGGUGGAGAAGGAGGCAGAGACAGACCGGAAGAAAGCAAUCAUUGAGGCAGAGAAGGCUGCCCAGGUGGCCAGGAUUCACUACCAACAGAAGAUUAUGGAGAAGGAAACGGAGAAGCGGAUUUCUGAGAUUGAGGAUGCUGCGUUCCUGGCAAGAGAGAAGGCCAAAGCUGAUGCUGAGUACUACACUGCUCGGAAGCUGGCUGAUGCCAACAAGCUGAAGCUGACCCCCGAGUACCUGGAGCUGAUGAAGUACCAGGCCAUAGCCGCCAACAGCAAACUGUACUUCGGCGACCGCAUCCCCGGCGUGCUCCUGGAGUCCUGUGCCUUCCAGCAGGCCAGCCCGAGGACUGCCCACCAACCAGCCUUCCUGCACAGGAGGCCCCGGAGACCUCUGGAGAAAGCCAGCUCAGAGGCAAGGAAAGCACUGGCUGAGGAGGGAGGAGGAAUCCCGGUGUGGCUCAGCAGCAAAGCCCGGCUGUGGUCGGGGACGUGGCCCCGGGCUGGUGGGGCGGACGCAGCACACGCCUGGACAUCUUGUGUAUAGGUGGCAGUUGGGUUGAUUUUCUUCUAGCAACAGAUUGCAAGGGCUCUGCCUCUUCCGUUUCUUCCCCUGUUAAAUUGGUGCUUCCAAAGGAGGGAUAAUCCUGUACUAACAUACCUAUACUGGAAUAUUAAAAGACAGACGCCGGGAAAGGCUUCCGGAGUAGGUGCAGUUAUUUAGCAGGCAUUGCUCUGGAGGCAGGAGAUGUGGCUUUGAGUGCUGUGUUGCUGCACCCUGGUUGUUCCAAGUGCUCCUGGCUGAGGCCGAGCGAAGAGGAGGUUUCCUUCGUCCUGCCCAUGAAGCUUCACUUGGUGGACUCCAGGCAGGUUCCUGCCAUUGCUCUCUCUCUCUCCUCAAGGACUCCCAUGGAGUGGGCUCUCCUUGGCCAGCGUGUUCCUGCUCAGGGCAAGGAAUGGUUUGGUGUGGAGUAGGUUACUGGAAUAGGAUCUGCAUAGCCAUGGUAUUCCUGUAGACAGCAGCACUAGGUAACAACUCGGAGCAGAUGGUCUCUGAUGGGAUUCUGCAACUCCCCUCUCCAAGCAAGAGCCUUGCACUGGCUGCCUGGGACUGACUGUAGGGUGUUUCAGCUGCGUGGCUGGGGCUCACCUUGCAUCCUAAACCAGAUUUCAGGAGCACCUCGGAGCAGCUGGUUGGGAGCAGAGCUUGGGAAAUCUCUGCUCAGAUCCCAACUUGUGAAAUCUCUGCUCAGAUCCCAACUUGUGAAAUCUCUGCCCAGAUCCCAACUUGUGAAAUCUCUGCUCAGAUCCCAACUUGUGAAAUCUCUGCUCAGAUCCCAACUUGUGAAAUCUCUGCUCAGAUCCCAACUUGUGAAAUCUCUGCUCAGAUCCCAACUUGUGAAAUCUCUGCUCAGAUCCCAGCCUUCCUCUAGGUCAGCAGGGCAAGGGGGCUGAACUUCCACUGCUCUGCCAUGGUGGCAAGGUAAAGGGGGAAGAGAAAAGUGAAGGGACCCUGCGGAGCAGAUCAGAUGUUUGACACCUCAGCUGCAAAGUAGGUGAGUCAUCACUGCUCCCCCGUGCAAAAUCCACUGCUCCAAGAAGUGGGACCUGCCUCGUGUGUCCUUGAACAGCUGUGGUGAGAGUGUGUCCCUGGGCCUCUCAUCCCUGGACAGGUUUGCUGCAGUGCAGGACUUCAGGCUGCUCCUGAGCAGUGCUGGCAGCAGGAUCUCCUGUGGUGGCCCUCCAGGCACUCUGCCUGUUGAGAUCUUGUGUCCCUGGCACUGUCUGCAGCCUUGUGGCAACGGGAGGGACAUGUUCAGCUUUUGCCACAGUGAAACAUUCAACCCAAAACAAGAGGCUUGAGCUUUACCUGUGCUGAUGAUGUCCCCAGACGAGUUGUGUGGGCUUCAGGCUUUGCAGUGCUGUGUUCCCACCACACGUGGCUCGGCUUGGCGGGUGCCAGUGUCUCCUCGAGGAAGUUUGGUAACACGUGGUGCCUUGUGCUGUCCCAGCUCCUGCCCUGGCUCCCUGUCCUCCAUGUCUGGGGCAGAGCAGGGAUGUGUUGGACCUGCCCCUUCUGCAGGGUAGGACAUGACUGUGGGACUUGGCAGCAGUUUCAGGGGGUCUGUCUGUCCUCUAUCUGGCUGCAAACUCCCAAGGCCCAGUUGAUGCUCUGCUCCAGAAUACCAGCUCCUCUUCCAGCCCAGCCAUGGCAGGAGCCAGGGACCCGGGGCACCAGUGUGGAGAGGAAGGGCAGUGUAAUCUGUAGCUGUGGUGUUUGAAAUGUCUCCUGGAAGUGCUGUUUGACUUGCAGGGUCCCCUUUCUCCCGUGGGAAGGGCUUUGAGGGGGCUGUGGAGUCACAUCUUUGAGCUGCCACCUCCUCAGUGGUGCAGCAGGCCCUUGGCAUGGGGGCACGGCCUCUCCUCACCCCGGCAGCACCCUCUUCACUUGGAUUUUGGGAUGAGGGCAGACUUCAUAGAGCAGAAGCACUGCUGGAGGGGAUGCUGGCAGGGUUGUAGGCUUGUUCUCCAUGUUAUACUGGGGUCGGACACUCUGGGCAUGAGGAAUGGGUGGACAGGGUAGGUUCUGCCAGCCUGGAGGUGCCAGGGGCACGAGGGGAGCUGCUGGGAGUGAUAACCAGGCAGCUCACAGCUCUCCUGCAGCAACCAGAGCAAGAUGCCUGUGCAGGGAGCAGGAAAACCUUCCAGGCCAGUGCAGGAAGGGCUGUCUUCCCUCUGGACCUGAGCCUUGCUGGGUCUCCCUGCACUAUCCAGGUGGGUGCAUGGCUUUAUCCUGAGUGGCUGUCACUGGCUCAGUGUCCCCCUGCUCUGGUUGGGUGACAUCAGCCUGGUCUGAGGGACCCUGGGGGAUGCUCCUGUAGUCCCAGGUCCUGCAGCAGCCUGUGUGAUGCUUGGUGCCUUCUGCAAAAGCCUCCUCCCUCCCUCCCUGCUUGCCCAGCCGCUGCUGCAGAGGCCCCAGUAGGUGUGCAGGGGGGCAUUGCCACAGCUUUAGCACCCCAGGGUGGGCUGUGCUUCCCUCUGAGCCCCAGGUGUGAGCAGGGACAUGGGACUGUGGGUUAGAACUGGCUUUUCUCUCCGUUCCAAGGGCCUGUGUGGGCCUGUGACUAAAGGGAUCUGCCCCUGGAUCCACAUCUCCUUAAGGAAACACGAUACAUAUGGUCAGGUUUACAUUCACGGUGUUGAGUUCUUUUGAUAAAGCAGAAUAAAAUUAUUUUGUUACCAUU